GAACAACAAAUCCUCGGAAUAAAAUACAUAUUUCAAAGCGUUUGCAGCUGUUCCAGUCACUCGAUAUGUUACUAACACUUUGGUCGUCACGAUGCUGCACAUAAGAAAAUAGAAAAAAAAAUCUGUUGGAUUUGCUUCCACACACCAGAGGCAUCGUGAAUGACUUGUUUAUUUUUGCAUUUUGUCGGAUUCAUGUUGAAUUUGGUUUACAUUAUACAGUUAGGAUAAAUUUUUAACAGGUACAAAGCGGGCUGCUUAGUUUCUACUUUGUGAAAUGUUUUAUCUGCCACACCGAUUGAUCGCACGAGGCUUACAUUGGAACAGCAACUUCGCCGGAAGAAAUCAGUACUUUAGGUUGUCGUUUCACCUCGCAAACCAAUUUAGUGGAAUCGUUCAAUUAGGUGCUUACGACCGGCUACGAGUACCGCUGAGCGAACGAAUUGCUGUUGAUUUGAAUAAUUCGCGUAAUUUGCAUACCACUAUGAUCUCAGGAAGCAGCAGCAAGAAAAUUACUCCUACCAACAUUCGGGUCUAUAGUUUAACCAAAAAUAUAAACUUUUAUAGUGCAUCCAGAAGCAAUUGGGAUAAAAAUACUGAUAGUUUGAGGUUGAAGGAUCAGAUCGAUAAACCACUCGUAAUAAUAUUUGGCUGGUUACAAGCCAGCGAAAAGCAUCUAAAAAAAUUUGCUGAGCUUUAUAUUGAGCAAGGAUUUGAGGUUCUAGUAGCGCAUCUAUCUCCUUGGCAAUUAAUUUGGCCCGUUAGCGGAUCCCAAGCGGUGGCUGGAGACUUAGUAAAAUUUUUGAAGCAUAAUGAUUUAGCUGCGGGAGUUGUAAUACAUGGAUUUUCUGUUGGUGGUUACCUUUGGGGUGAAUGUCUAGUCAAAUUAAACCGAAAUGAAACGAAUAAACAGGUACUCAACAAGAUUAAAGGGCAAAUCUGGGACAGCGCAGCGAACAUAACGGAAAUUCCAGUAGGAGUUCCAUAUGCAGUACUACCGAAAAAUCCAUUACUACAAAGUACUCUUCGUAACUACUUAACAUACCACUUGAAGUUGUUCCACGAGGAAGCUACUCAAUAUUACGAAAAAAGUGCUUCGAAUUUUUACAAUGAUCCAGCCCAGGGUGCUGCUUUGUUUUUGGUGUCGAAAACUGAUCCAGUAGGAACGGAGAGCGCCAACCGCAGGAUUAUUUCACAAUGGGAAUCAAUAGGCAUAAAGACAACUUUAAAAUGCUGGGAUCGCUCACCACAUGUCGGUCAUUUCCAUAAGCACCGUGACGAAUAUAUCGAUUUAGUGCUGGCUCAUCUGGGUUCGCUUAACAUUGCUGGUUACGUACAGAAGGCUAAACUUUAAUCGAAAUUUACUGUACCAUGAUAUGUGAUAAAUAUCAAUCUGACAUUUGGCAUUAACUAAUUUUUAUAAU